CUCUGCCUGCAACCUGGUCACAGAGAAGUAAGAACUGGUGUCAGGGGAGAGCUACUAGGUGGCAAAGGGAAGAGCACUCAGGAAAGGACUGUGAGUGAGACUUUGGGAUUCAGAAGGAAAAACUGGAUGCAUGUUGGGUUUUAUCUGUGCACCUCUUCUACAAGGAUGAACCAUUCUCAGGCUACAAAGUCCUGUGUGCUCAUCCUUCUUGUGGCCCUACUGUGUGCAGAAAGAGCUCAGGGGCUCAAGUGCUACGAUUGCAUGGGGGUCCCAUUUGAGGAUUCCUGCAAAUCAAUAUCGACCUGCCUCCACCCUGAUUCAUACUGUGCGACUCAGGUGGUAGAAGUUCCCAUGGGUUCUAUCACAAUGAAAUUAAAGAACCAUCAGUGCAUUCCCAUUUGCCCUACUGAUAUGGAAAAUGCCAGGAACCAGGCUGCUCCUGGCAACUCGAAGAUUUCCUGUUGCAAGGAAGACCUCUGCAAUGCAGCUGUUCCCACUGGAGGCAGCACCUGGACCAUGGCAGGGGUGCUUCUGUUCAGCCUGGGCUCAGUCCUCCUGCAGACCUUGCUGUGAUGGUCCUUCCACCAACCCCCACCCCGUCCUUUAUCCUCAUGUGUAAUCACUCCUUCCUUGAGGCCUCCAGUGAUUAAUUAUGAGUUAUAGGAUCUCUGAGGUGGGGUUGAGUGUGGAACACCUUGUUUCAAUAUUAUAGGCCCUAAAUAGCUGAGUAGGUUCCCCACUUCUCUCUAGGGCUUUCAGAUCUGUACUUCCUGGAAUGCCAUUUUGUUGUGGCUUGUUCUUGGGCCUGGAGGCACCUGGACAGCACAGGGAAGAGGCAGAAUUCCAAGGUGUUGUGAUAUCACUGUCCACACAUAAAUAUCUGGGGUCCUGCUGGGUUCCCAGGUGUGCCACUCAAUGUCCCACUGUUGAGUCCAAUAAACCAUUUGUUCUCCCA